AUGGAAGACUUAGUCAAGAAGGAAGAAUGGGAAACAUUUAUGGAUACGUUGGCUUUAACAAUCUAUGGCUUGGUAUUGUUUCCCAGCUCUCAGGAUGUGAUCAGUUUAGCAGCAAUUGGCGUGUUCAUUAAUUAUAAGUGCCAGGGGGAAAAUCCGGUGCCGGCAGUCUUGGCAGAUAUCCUUUAUACCUUGAACAUUUGUCGUGAAAAAUCAAGUAAGCGGAUUUUGUGUUGUCUACCGGUUCUCUACGUGUGGAUGACGAGUCUUGUCUUUGAAAGAGAUUAUAAGGCUAUUUGCCCCAUUACGGAUUUUCAGAUGCUAGGCUUAGAGCCACAUGAUGGUAAAAAUUGGGCAAUAGUCCUAGUUAAUCUCAAAGCAGAUAAAGUGCGAUGGUGCCCUGACUGGAAAGAAGUCAAAAAUGUAUUGUAUCAAUGCGGUGAGUUCCCUAAUAUACCACUGGUAGGGACAACGGGUUGCAUCAAUUACAAUCCAUCUUUAGCUCUGCGCCAGUUUUUAUAUCCGAUGAUUGGGGAGCCACCUAAGGAAUCUUAUACCCCUUUCAUUGCGGAGCUAACCGACAGCGACAUGCUUAAAAAAAUCCGUAAAGCAUGGGAAAACGUUGUUUAUAAGAACAGAGAGUUAGGCCAUAGUUCCUGUGGCGUAGAUGAAUCCUAUAUGAAGUGGGUCAAAGACAGGGUCAAUCAGAUUAAACUACCUUUCCCAAUAUCAAGAAACCAAGGGGAGGCAACCACCGGGGAUGUAGACAAUAAAAGAAAGAGAGACUCGGAAGAAGACAAUACAUUGGGUGGAAACAGUUGCUGA